AUGGACUCCGGAUUCUGCACAGGUCUUCGUCGGGACCGCAGGAGGUUGUCCAAACAAAUCGCCAUGCUGAUGAGCUGGUCGAGUCACAGGUUGCCAUCACGGCAGGCUAUCUCCAUCUGUACCUUCUCCCGCAGUCCGCUGCGGAUCACGGUGACCAGAGCCGACACGUUCCAUCCGGUGGAGGCCACGAUGAUGAGGGCGAUUGCCAACAUUGAGGACAUUGCAUUCCAUUCAAACAUACCUGUGGCGGCGGACAUAACUGUAGCCAUAGUGUAUGCUGUGUUUGGUGUGUGCUCUCUGUUUGGCAACAGCACACUGCUCUACGUCUCCUACAAGAAGAAGCACCUGCUCAAACCAGCUGAGAUGUUCAUUAUCAACCUGGCCAUCAGCGACAUGGGUCUGACUCUGUCCCUCUACCCCAUGGCCAUCACCUCCAGCAUCUACCACAAGUGGCUGUUUGGGAAAACGGUGUGUUUGAUCUACGCGUUCUGUAGCGUGCUGUUUGGGAUCUGCAGUCUGACCACUCUCACCCUGUUGAGCAUGGUGUGUUUUGUGAAAGUAUGUUAUCCUCUCUACGGUAACCGAUUCAACCCGGGGCAUGGCCGUCUGCUGAUAGCCUGUGCGUGGGUCUGGGCCCUGGUGUUCGCCUUCUCCCCUCUGGCCCACUGGGGUGAGUAUGGUCCAGAGCCAUAUGGCACAGCCUGCUGCAUCGACUGGCGCCUGUCCAACCUGCACCCCGUGGCCCGCUCCUACACAAUGGCGCUCUUUAUCUUGUGCUACAUCGUGCCCUGCUGCAUCAUCACGGUAUCCUACACGGGCAUUCUGAUGACGGUUCGAGCCUCUCGUAAGGCCAUGGAACAUCACGAGGCCCGGCCGGCCAAGAUGAGCAACAUCCAGACUGUUAUUGUGAAGCUGAGUGUUGCUGUCUGUAUCGGUUUCUUCACAGCGUGGAGCCCUUAUGCCGUGGUGUCGAUGUGGGCAGCGUUUGGACACAUGGAGAACAUCCCACCGUUGACGUUCGCCAUACUCGCAAUGUUUGCCAAGUCCUCCACCAUAUACAACCCCAUCAUCUACCUGCUGCUCAGGCCCAACUUCCGCAGGGUGAUGUACCGGGACCUGGUGAGCUUUCACAGGGCCUGUCUGAAGGGCUGCCUGUGCUCCUGCUCCCAAGGCGCUGUGGGGAAGUGCCGCUCCGGCUCUGUGGUCCAGGUUAGCCUCCGGUCGCUCCGCAGACCACCAGGACACGACCAGUCCUGUUCCACCAACUCAUCUGCCAACCAAGCCCUCGCCGGGUACAGAGGUUGUAGCAGCACCUGCGAGAAGUGCAGCGACGCCUUCGAGUGCUUCAGACACUACCCCAGAGAUUGCCAUGGUGGCACCAACCCCCCCAGCUCCUCAAUCAACACUAACGCACCUCAGGAUCAGCUCUCAACAGAGCCCCAGCCCAAGCUGCAGCCACUGACACAGAAACCAACAUGGAAGCAGAGGCAGAAGCAUAAAAAACAGGAGGCCUGUCACAAGAAGUCCCUGCGAGCCACCAUGAGCAGCAAAAGGACCUCGGAGAUCGACAACCUACAGAUCAACUUGGAGAUGGUGCCGGGACACGCUAAAUUUGCCUGGCCAUAG